AUGGAAGAAUUACCAAUUGCUGAAGGGACCUCUGGGGGGCCAGCUGAGGCAUCAAUGUCCAGCGUCCAAGUUGAUGACAGUCUCGACGAGAUCAAAUGGAAGAACCGAAUUCCAUUAACUAUUGACAUCCCCAGGGUUGUCAGGCUAAUGUUACAAGCCCCAGAGGGAUCCUGGUUUAGUUUGUGUGAUUUCUGCGUGCGCACAGACAACAUCCAUAACCCUGGAGCCAUCAUUACACUCAGAUCUAAGACAAUCUCCGCGUGCUACAAGCUCUUUAAAGAUUGCAAGGAGGUUCUCGACAUUCCAGAUAACUGGAGAAUUUUUGUCAACCAAGAAAAUAGUUAUUAUAAAAGAUGCGAAUCUUGCAAUAAAGAUCUUGAUCGAUCAAUGACUGUUAAAGUCUUUAUUCACCACUACAGAGAAGGUGAAGUCGAGAAUGGUAAUCUGUUAGUUGAUAACAUCUCACUGCAAAACAUCGAGCCAGUUCUCAGAUGCCAUACUGAGGACAGCGAGACUUAUGUUAAGUUUACAGUUAUCGUCUCUAUGUCCGUGAAGACUAAGACAGUAUCCGCGAAUUUUGUUGUCACCUCAAGCAUCAAGUCAUACAAGCCUAUCAACACUGGGAUCGAUGGGUCGUCCAAGCAUAAGAGGAUGUUUAAAAAACGCGAUUUCAAGAGCAUAGACAAAGCAACUGAGCUCACCGAUGCGUCGAGAUUAAACAAAAGCCGAUACUAA